AUCAUUACAGCAAUGGAAACAAACGAGGAAAAUCCUGUUUUAUUCGACACUUCAGACCUACUCUUGGUUGGUGCUAUUGGACUCACCACCGUAGCUUGGUUUAAAAGACAACAACUGAAGGAAUUGAUUUUUGGUAAGAAGAAAAUAGCUGCACCUACCGCCGGUUCUGGUUCGGCUGUCGGCAAGAAAGAAACCAACUUUGUUAAAGUCAUGCAAGAACAAGGUCGUCGAGUCAUCGUCUUUUAUGGUUCGCAAACGGGUACAGCAGAAGGCUAUGCUGCUCGUAUCGCAAAGGAGUGCUCCCAAAAAUUCGGUGUCAAUUGUAUGACAGCAGAUCUCGAAUUGUACGACUUGUCCUACUUGGACAGAGUGCCCAAGGAUAACCUUGUGAUUUUCGUCUUGGCUACUUAUGGUGAGGGUGACCCCACAGACAAUGCGAUUGAAUUUUGGGAUCUUGUCACAGAAGAAGAACCAACCUUUUCUCAAAAUAUGGAAGAAAAACCCUUAAGCAACCUCAACUAUGUGAUGUUUGGUCUUGGUAAUAAGACAUAUGAUCAAUACAAUGAAGUAUCCAGAAGAGUCAAUAAGAGCUUGUCCCAACUCGGUGCUCAUUUGGUAGGUGUAGCUGGUGAAGGUGACGAUGAUGGUUCAUUGGAGGAAGAUUAUCUCGCUUGGAUUGACACUUUAUGGCCUGAUUUUUGUCAAACUUUGGGUGUUGAUGAAAGCUCCGCCAGAUCCGGACCAAGACAACCCGUUUAUGCCGUACAAGAAUUAAUCGAAUAUGAAAAGGAGGAUGUCUAUUUAGGUGAAUUGGCUGAAAGACCUAAACAAGGUGCUAAAGUCAUUUUUGAUGCCAAGCGUCCCUUUGUUGCUCCCGUCACUAUGCGUGAAUUAUUUCAUGGAGCAGACCGUCACUGCUUACAUGUCGAGAUUGAUAUCAGUGGUACAAACCUCCGUUACAACACUGGUGACCAUGUCGCUAUCUGGCCUACCAACAGUGAGAUUGAAGUCGACCGUUUGGCUUCCGUAUUAGGCUUGACUGACAAAUUAGAUACUGUUGUCGAUAUCAAGGCCAUUGAUCCUACUGCACCCAAGAAACAUCCUUUCCCUGUACCCACCACCUACCGUUCCAUUUUCAGAUAUUAUAUGGAAAUUUGUGCACCCAUCUCUCGUCAAAUCCUCAAUUCAUUUGCUGAAUAUGCCCCUACAGAAGAAUCCAAGGCCGCUUUGAUCAGAUUAGCUACAGAUAAAGAUGAAUAUCGCUUGCAAGUCACUGAUGCUUGUCGCAAUUUAGCUCAAGUGCUUGAAUACGCCUGUGGUCACAGUAACCAAUCUGGCCUUUUUGCCAAUGUUCCUUUUGAUCUUGUGGUGGAAAACAUUGCUCGUAUGCAACCCCGAUUCUAUUCUAUCUCUAGUUCUGCUAAAGAAAGUCCCAAGGUAAUUACAGCUACUAUUGUUGUACUUUCCUACCAUCCUAUUGCUGCCGCUCACGAAACUGUGUACGGUGUCAACUCCAACUUCUUAUACCGUAUCCAAAUGCAACAAGGUAUGCCAAACGACGGCCAAGAGCAUCCUGUGUAUGAUUUGUCCGGUCCUCGUCAAUCAUAUCUCGGUGAAGACGGACUCUGUCAUAAGUUACCUGUGCAUGUACGUCACUCCCAAUUCAAAUUACCUCGUAACCCUUCUGUCCCCAUCAUUAUGGUCGGACCUGGUACAGGUGUAGCUCCCUUCCGUGCUUUUGUACGUGAAAGAGCUCUUGCUAAGCGUGAUGGUAAACCUGUCGGUACCACCUUAUUGUUCUACGGUAGUCGUAACAGAGAUCAAGACUUUUUAUAUGCUGAAGAAUGGCCCGAACUAUUUGAAACAUUGGGAGGUGAUUCUCGUAUCAUUACCGCAUUCUCUCGCGAUCAGGCACAAAAGGUCUAUGUUCAACACCGUCUCCAGGAACAAGGCCAACAAGUCUGGGAGUUGUUACAAAAGGGUGGAUAUAUCUUUGUCUGUGGUGAUGCUAAGAAUAUGGCGCGCGAUGUCAACCAAACUUUCAUCAAUUGUGCUAUGGAGUUUGGUGGCAUGACGGAUGCUAAAGCCCAUGAAUACGUCAAGGGUUUAAGAACUACCAGUCGUUAUCAAGAAGAUAUUUGGAGUUAAAAAAAAAAGACAUAGAGAUCAUCCUAGACACAACACAAACACAUCUAAAAUUAAAUAUUAUGUAUAAUUGCAUUCCAUUCUUAUAUCCCCCUUUUUUUUUCCUACUAUUUAAAAUAAACAAUUUUUUUUUCUUUU